AGCAUUCUGUCCCUCCUGGAGAGGGUCAUGUUGGGAGGUAUGCUAAUGCAAGGCCAUUAGACUGCACAUAUGCUAGUACGGGCUGAUGAACAAUCGCUUAAAAAAAAUAAUUGUGUAUCUAUAGCCUAUAGACUACAAUGGGCUGACACCAUCUAGCUUCUGGGGCCAUUAUCACAGUCCCCAUAGGACUAAGGGACUGGUUUUGCAAACAGUGGUGCCUAUUCGUGUAUAGCAUGAAGUGGCUACCAGUAAUUACCACUGUAUGUCACAUCAUAUUGAUGCAACAUUUAGUAGUUCAAAGGUGGACUUCACAAAUGCCUAUCUGGCGAAGCGGUCCGAAAACCAGGCCCCUCGAUCCUGUGCAGAACUGCAGGACUCUGUACCGUUGUCUACAUUGAUUCUUGGUGACAAAUCUGACACAACUUCAAGUUCUUUUGCACAGAGACUAGCCAUGAAAACUAAAAAACAAGUGUUUGUUAGCGUGAACAUCCCAAGCAAUGACAGCCAGCUAAUGCUACUGAUAGAGAAGAGAAUCAAGGAGGAGAUGGAAUCCUUUCCUGACAGAUUUUAAAUAGACCUGUCUCUGAUCUCUGAGGACAAGUAAGGCUGCUUGGGCAGGCCUACAGCAGUCACGUUCAGACAUGGUGGCUGGAAACAAGAAAUUAGUAGCACACAGGACAUUAUACUCCAAUGGAGUGCUGGCAUAUAAAGUAUGUGGAAGGUGAUUAAGACCCAACUUCAUACCAUUUGCCUCUAUUACCAGGUUCCAGGGUAAUUGAGAGUUUCUUUUUUUUUGUACUUUAUGCAAAGAACUAAUGCAAUUAAAUGUAUGGACUUCC